CGCCUGCGCUGUCCGGUGGAGCAGCAGAGGAGACGGGGGAUCGUUUAUGCGAUUAUUGGGGACAAAAAAAGAUAACCCCCCCCCCAAACAGACUGGCAGGAAUCAUGGGGAGUGUGUUCCUGCCAGCGGACGCAGCCCACUCUGUGCUGCGGCGUCUGCGCAGGGCCAACUUCUUGCUGGAGGAGAUAAAGCAGGGUAACAUCCAGAGGGAAUGCCGCGAGGAGAUCUGCACCUAUGAGGAGGCCCGCGAGGCUUUUGAGAACGACGAGAGGACGAGACUGUUCUGGGAGGAAUAUGUGCGAGAGACCAGUCCAUCUGGAGGGCUGGAGACAGUGGUAGGUGGAGUCCACUCUCUAUACUUGAUAGUGCCAUUGCUGCUGGUUGUGCUCAUCAUCGCCGCCGUAGCCAUCACUGUUUGGCGCUGCCACUCCCGCAAGCGCUCACAGCGCAGCCCCAGCCUGGGACACGCACAUCAUGACCACGUCCUGUCAGUGGUCUCUAUGGACCAUUGGGGGAGGGAUUACCAACACGGUGACCAAUCAGAACUCAGUGUCCACAGCAGCCCAAAUUAUCCAGGCUCAGAGAUCACAUCAGGAAGAGGAAGUGCCGGAGACCCGCCACCAUCUUAUGAGGAGGCUGUGGGUCAUACAGACGUCCAGAUAGAGACGGAGCCACCUCCACAGUACGAGGACAUAGUCAACACCAGCGCUACUAGUGUCAACGGUAAGGGGAAGUAAACCUGUCUUUCACUGCACCCCCAACAAAAGCCCUAACCUACACUAAGACUAUCUUAUCAUCUAGCAGUGCCACUGUUGUGGUAUAACCAGCCUUCCCCAUUCAAGACAAAUAGAAUCACUAAUAAGUGUCUGGUCAGUGGACUAAUGCAAUUUUUACCAGAACCAGCGGUGCUGAAAUUUGCGCUAACCUCUUAACAAUGAGGUAAAGUGAUAGCAGGAAGGUGCAAAUGAUAUUGCAGUACCAAAACCAACCAACACCUCUGCUGAAUUCCCUAAGGUUGCAUCUAUGCUAUCACACUGUAGCAAAUCAUUUAAGUCUGUAGGCAUAACAAAUGUUACAUACAGAAAAAAGGUUAUGGUUGCCAUUAUGAAGGACAAAUAUUGUAAGCGUAUAUAGGGGUUGGACCGAUGCUUUAUUGAAGGUUAGUGUCAAUUUUUUAGACUUAAGUGCUUACCAGAUGUUUUGUACCUAUUUUUAGUAUGUUUAAAUUUGACCUUUUUGUCGUCAAAAAACAAGUAUUUACAGUUUCCACCUACAGUUUUGUAUAUUCUGAAAUUUUUGCUUUGCAAGACCUAGAAACAGCAUUUAGACAACAAAAGAACAAUUUCACUGAAUCCCAGACUAAUUGAAGUUGCAUUAAGCCUUUUUUUUUUUUUUUUUUUACCACCAGGGGGCAAAAAGAAUCUAAAACAUGUUCAGGAUCAAGCUUAUAUUUGUUAUGGGUGACCGGUUACAGUAGAACAAACCAAUGACUUAAUCAUACACGUAAACAAAGCUGCUCAGGUCUUUACACCUGCCCAUUUCUCCCGCAUCCAACACGCUGACAAUGAGAAAAGACUGUCCACUUGCCGUCUAAUAUAUCCCGGACCUUACAAGAUAAGCAAUGUUAUUCGCUUCAUCUUCAUCGGAGCAACACUGUUCACCCCCCAUGUGACUCAUCCGAGUCCAGUAUUUACUUGCUGGGUCUUGUUUGGUUGACUGACCCAUGAAAUAUCUGGGUCCUUUGCUUACUAGAGAAAAUACUAACAUGUCUCCACCAGGCAUUCGUUUACUUCAGCUCCCUGGCGCUUCGUGCCGGGCAGGCAGCGUGCGCCUGGCUUGUCUGAGCUUGCCAACCCGUUAAAUUGCUGUCCACUGUUUCAUAUUGGGGGUUAAAGGGAGCCCCGAGGUCCAACCAAACAGUAACUGUUUAGGCUAAAGAACCAAAACAAUUAGCUGAAACGGUCUAGAGAUGCACUACUAGUGACCUUGCCGCAUUGCCAUGACUCUUUUGGUUAAUUGUUUAAUAGAAAAAUACCAUUUAGAGGCGCUAUUUCUAAGUUUCGCUAUCGCUACACAGCCAACGUUAGUAUCAAAAGCUGUUUACUAACCAGUGUAGAGGAAACGUUGUGCGUUCAGCAUCAAAC